GCUGGAGGGAUCGAGGUACUGGCGGAUAUUCUGUGCGACAUUGGUGACGAUCCGACGACAAGCAGAACUAAUUGUAUUCGUGGAGACGAACGUCUGCAACAAGAACGAACAGAAGCUGCGGGUGUGUUGGCCCAGGUCACUUCACCCUGGAUCGAAGAGAACCAUCACCUGGGCGGGCUUCAGGACCACCUUCGAAGGAUCGUCGUCGCUCUCACAGAGUUGUGCAAAAACGGGGGAGACGAAGAGCGAUUUUUGUUGGCGUCUGCUUCGCUGGCGAAUUUGAGCUUUUUGGCGCCCGAGGCGAUCGACAUCAUGAGGGAUAUUUCUGCUGCGCAAGUAUUGAUUGCUGCUGCGACAAAUUACCAAAUCGUCGUUUUCGCCAAAGACCAG